UUGUCAAACUCAUUUUCGACUCUAUUAGCUCUAUGCAAUUUCUCUCAAUCAGCUCCAGGAGCUAGUCCGUCUCGAGACUCCAGACGGGCAUCUGGUAAUGCAAUCGAUUUUCAUGAAGCUGAGGCUUUAAGUACAGACGAGGAACUUCAACAAGUAAUCCGACAACUCGAGCACUUCUUACCUGCCUACGCCGCUUCCGCACUUGUUACGCCCCUCUGCCUCCGUCACCCUACCAUCCUUCGAGCUGCCUGGCCUGCCGCACGCCGCAUAGCUCAACAAUGGGGCUUGCUAACCAAAGAGGAGACAGAAGUCUGUCAUGCAGGCUCUUCCUUUGAGUCCGAUACCGAUCUCUCAACUUCAUUACUUGUUUCACAUGACUCUCCAAAUGCAGGCAUUUCUAGAAUUAUGUCUACACCUAUGACCUACUUAUUGGUUUGCAAGCGAGCCCCUUUACCUCGUGUCAAGCGUACGCUACUCGAGCGUGGGCGAGUCGGUGCCCUCUCUCUACUCUCUCGAGGCGUCCUUUCCACUGCCUCUUUGAACCGACUCACCAAUGCAGACCUCCUUGAUGAGGAUGAUGGUAACGAUAUUGACCGAGCAGAAGAUCAAUCUGUUUUCAGUUCAACCUCGAGAGAGGAUAUAUUAACUGAAACUCUUGACUGUGGUGCUGAAGCCAGUAUCGAUCGGCAUUGCUCCUCUUUUAACUCCAUCUCCCAUGCGUCCGAGGGGCAAAGUUUACACUCGCCACCUGAUGACUCAGUGACUCGAUUGGCCCGUCGAUUCCGCAGAUCUGGCGGACGAGUUGCUGUUAAACAUGAAAACAAAGAGUCAGAGGCUUUUCAGCCCCCAGAAGAUUGUGUUCUUGUUUCGGCUGAAUUCAAUCAGCCUUCAACAGCUGUUGAAAUCCUCGAUGACCUUCCGAGGCAGUUGAUUCCCGGUAUAGACUUCUAG